GGCUUCUUCACUGUAAUUUAAUUUUGCACACUCCCAAUUCCAACCCCAGUUUAGGGUUUUCUAAUUCCAUGGCUGCUUCUUCUUCUUCGUCGUCGAGAAUGUCGUGCUUCCAGUGCCAGGAUUCCACCUCCAAUCCCGCCAAUUUCAGAAACGGCUGGCGCCUCCGCAGUGGCGAGUUCGCUCAACUCUGCCCCCGCUGCGCUUGUUUAUAUGAUGAUGGAAGGUUCUGCGAGACCUUCCAUUCAAAUGAUGAUGGUUGGAGGGACUGUGGAUCUUGUGGCAAGCUAGUCCACUGUGGAUGUAUCGUAUCUUUCGGCACUCAUUUGCUCUUGGACUUUGGUGGUGUGAUAUGCAUGGAGUGCUCAAGGUUGAAUUUUCUAUUGGCACGUAAGCAAUGUCUGUCUCUCGAACCUGAGGUAAGAGCUAGAGAUCCUCGUCGGGAAUCAUCUGGGCAUGCCCCAGUUGAAGCCCAGUACUGGCCUUGGGUGACUGAUUCGGAACUACAGAAAAUCUCUCGAAACCCUAAAGCUACCAUCACUCCUCUGUUUGAAAAGGUACUAUCUGCUACUGACGCUGACCUUAAACUAGCACGCCUUAUUAUACCAAAAAGAUGUGCAGAGAACUUUUUCCCGGAUAUUUCUGGCUUGCAUGGCUUACGCAUCAAAAUACAAGAUAUCGAUGGUAAUGAGUGGGAGUUCCAUUACCGAUACUGGCUUGAUGGUGGAAGCAGGAUUUAUGUUCUGGAGGGGCUCAGAGAUUAUAUGAUCUCAAAGAAAUGUCAGUCAGGUGAUACAGUUACGUUUUAUCGAGUGGAACCAGGAGGAAAGGUGGUGAUGGGAUUAAGGAAACAGCUCCAAAGAAUCUAGUGUUGAUGAUCACAGCUUCAGCUGAAGAGUGUAAAUAUAUGUGUUCUUGGACACUGAGGAUUGUCCGAUUGUGUCUGUGACUAUCUACUAGAAUUUUGUUUUAAAAUUUGUCAGCCUUUUCUUCUUAAAUUUUCAUGGUAAAUACUUCAAUUGUAUAUAUAUUUCCUGGUGGCUCAACUCCAUAGGAGUAUUAUGUAAACUAAUGAUAGUUGUUCCUCUUUGAAUUUGGCGUGUUGGUUUGCAAUAGUAAUCAAUUUCAAUACUCAUUUUGGACAUUA